CCGGGUUCUGUCAACAAAAUAAGACAAUUGAUGUAAAUUCACUAGAGCGCACAGAUAACACAGUAGCAUCAGCCAUAUUGCACCAGUACUAAACAAUCUACUAUAAAAACUGAGCAACCAUUGCAUCUGAGGGUGCAGUCCUCUAUCAGCUCAUAUAAAAUGCUGUUAUCAGGAUUAUAUCCUGGAACUUGGCCAGAUAAUUGACAUUUGAAUGGCUGUGGUAUUUUAUUUAAAUAAUGUUUCCAUGUUUAUAUUCCAAAUGUACACAAUUUGAUACUAUCCAUGAUACACUUAUUUUAAAAUGUAUUUACUCUGAGCCACGCUGUUCCCUGUUUAUAUACUGAGAUUUUUGACCUUGAGCAUAUUAAUUUAAUUAAAGAGACACACACACUUGCUGUCCUCUUAAUGUUUUCUUUUUGAUUGUUUCAUUGGACCCUUAUGAGAGUGGAGUAGUCAUAGCAAGGUUUAUAAAACACUGUUCUUCGAUCAAAGGAAAUUCCAGAAGAGAUGGAAUGUUAUUGGAACAUACCAAUCAUGAAAAGGUUACAGAGCCAUUUCUGAGGCUGUUUCAUGUCUGAAUGCAGGUCUGGUGGAAUGUGACUUGUGAGAGCCUUCUACGCUGUCCAAGACAUUCUGAGCUGCUUGUGAAGUUAAAUCGACUACUGGAGCGAUGUUUCCGAAAUUCUAAGUGUAUUGACACAGAAUCUUUAUGUGUUGUAUCUGGAGAAAAGGUGUGGCAGAUCCGGGUAGACUUGCAUUUGCUAAAUCACGAUGGUAACAUUAUGGAUGCAGCAAGUAUUGCAGCUAUAACCGCACUGUGCCAUUUCAGAAGGCCAGAUGUGUCUGUUAUAGGGGAAGAGGUCACUGUGUACAGCGUGGAUGAACGUGACCCAGUUCCAUUAUGCAUUCAUCAUAUGCCUAUCUGUGUUAGUUUUUCCUUCUUCCAGCAAGGGACCUUCUUAUUGGUGGACCCAAAUGAACGUGAGGAGAAGGUAAUGGAUGGAUUAUUAGUCAUUGCCAUGAACAAGCACCGUGAGAUAUGUACAAUUCAGUCAAGUGGAGGAAUCAUGCUCUUAAAAGAACAGGUUCUAAGGUGUAGCCAGAUUGCCGGUGUGAAAGUAACGGAAAUUACAGAGCUUAUUCAGAAAGCCCUGGAAAAUGAUAAAAAAAUAAGGAAAGAAGGUGGAAAGUUUGGCUUUGCAGAAUCCUUGCCUAACCAGAGAAUAACGGCAUUUAAAAUCGAGGGAGCACCAGUUAAUACAUCAGAGGUCGAAGAGACAGUUGAAGAGAUUACCCAUAAUACAGUACCACCAACAGAAAUUGUACCAUCACCCAUAUUGUGGGCUUCUGGAACAGCUCAGAUCGGAGAAGGGGUGCUGAAUACUUGGGAAGUCGAGGAGCCACAUGAAAGUGAAGAAGCAGAUGACAAAUCAAUGGAAGAAGAAGAAGAAGUCUCAACAACACCAAGACACGAAAGGAAAGAGACCGUCAUUCUUUCUGAUAGUGAAGAGGAAGAAGUCAUCAUAUUAAAUCCAGACAAAACAGAGAAAAAAUUCCAAAAACAAGCUUCCAAUCUCCAUGAAGACACUGCAUCAGGAUCAAGAAAAAAGAAAAAAAAGAAACCGAGUCAGUUAGUCAAGUGAAUGUGGAAAAUGAAAUUGCCUACCACUGAAAUAAUUUUUUUUUCUAUUUUUUGAUACAGGAAAUAAUAGCUUUGUAACAAAUGAAUUGAAUUAAGCUAUAUUGUAAAGGCAGAUUCUGGCUGCAUUAGUAAUGAGUAAGCAUACAAUUUUUGAGAAGCUUUUGUAAAUUUGUUUAUCUGCUCUCUGCUACACAUUAAAUUUUAAAUCUAACAUA